AUGCCGGUCGAGGUGAAAACCAUAGAAGAGAUCAACGGCGUGAACGGCGGCCCCGAGCCGCCCGUCGAAGUGACGGUUCAGAGGAAGCCGUUUCUCCAGCCGGACGACGAUCAGAGAAUACCGCAUGCCGGACCGCGACGGCGUGAUCUAGCCGCGCGACACCUUCAGCGGGUUCCGCAAGCUGGGCUUCGGGGCGGUGCUCUCGCUAGCCGCGGUGCUCGUGAUCCACGCCAACUUCUCGUACCCGACUGUGGAGGGGCUGGCUGGCUGCCGGACCCGUUCUUCCGCGUCUUUCUCGCGGACGUGCACCGGGCCAAGCACGGCAGCGACACGGGCGCGUUCGACGCCGAGGGCCGGUUCGUGCCCCCAGCGCUUCGAGGACGUGUUCGCCAGGUACGCGGCGGGCCCGCGAUUACUUGACCGUCUGGGACGUGGG